UCAGGCGCGGCGCGGACAGCCCGCCGCGGGGCCUUGCGGCGCAGCUAGGAGGCGCGGUGCACGCUGGGCCUCUCCCUUUUCGGCCGGGCGGGCUUGGUGGCAGGAUGGGGAAGUGCCGAGGGCUCCGCACCGCGCGCAAGCUGCGCAGCCACCGCCGCGACCAGAAGUGGCACGACAAGCAGUACAAGAAGGCGCACCUGGGCACCGCGCUGAAGGCCAACCCCUUCGGCGGCGCUUCGCACGCCAAGGGCAUCGUCCUGGAGAAAGUUGGAGUAGAAGCUAAGCAGCCCAAUUCUGCUAUCAGGAAAUGUGUCAGAGUCCAGCUGAUCAAGAAUGGCAAAAAAAUAACAGCUUUUGUUCCCAACGAUGGUUGCCUAAACUUCAUUGAGGAAAAUGAUGAAGUUCUGGUUGCUGGCUUUGGUCGUAAGGGUCAUGCUGUGGGUGACAUUCCUGGAGUUCGUUUCAAAGUUGUCAAAGUAGCCAAUGUUUCUCUGUUGGCUUUAUAUAAGGGCAAGAAGGAGAGACCAAGAUCAUGAACUGAAACUGAUCUGCUAAGAAUAUCAAUAAAACUUUUGAUUGGAAAAA